CCGAGGGCCGAGGUGAUAAUAGCUGUGUUACUGGCUAAAGUUCUCUGCUGAUAACGUAUAGAUUUUGAUAAGUUGAUAACGUCACACGUUACGGCACGCUGUAGUGCAGUCUGCCAGUGUCAGUCUCGCUACUCGUUGCGAAUUGGUCGCAAGUUUUAUUGGAUCUAGAGUAGUCUUCUUCCAUUUUAUUUACGUUUUACAUAUAAAAUAAAUAAAUUGUAAUAAUGGCAGAGAAACAGUUGAAAAACAGAGUGUGCAUUAUUGGCUCUGGUAACUGGGGAUCAGCCAUUGCUAAGAUUGUGGGUAAAAAUGCUGCAAGGCUCCCAAACUUUGAAGACAGAGUUACUAUGUGGGUGUACGAAGAGAUGAUUGAGGGGAAGAAACUCACAGAGAUCAUAAAUGAGACUCAUGAAAAUGUCAAAUAUUUGCCUGGACACAAACUCCCUCCUAAUGUGGUUGCAAUCCCCGACGUAGUUGAAGCUGCGAAGGACGCCGACCUUCUAAUUUUCGUAGUGCCCCACCAGUUCGUCAGAACUAUUUGCUCCACGCUCUUAGGAAAAAUAAAGCCAACCGCAGCUGCACUUUCCUUGAUCAAGGGCUUCGAUAUCGCGGAAGGAGGCGGUAUUGACCUAAUUUCACACAUUAUUACAAGGUGCCUUAAAAUCCCAUGCGCUGUUUUGAUGGGAGCAAACAUUGCUUCUGAGGUGGCUGAUGAGAAGUUCUGCGAGACCACGAUCGGUUGCCGGGACGUGAUGCUGGCACCUAUGAUGCGGGACAUCAUUCAGACUGAGUAUUUCAGAGUAGUCGUCGUUGAUGACGAGGACGCCGUCGAAAUUUGCGGAGCUCUGAAGAACAUUGUAGCCGUGGGAGCAGGUUUCGUGGACGGCCUUGGUUUCGGCGACAACACAAAGGCCGCAGUCAUUCGUCUAGGCCUGAUGGAAAUGAUCAAGUUCGUCGAUGUGUUCUACCCGGGCAGCAAACUUAGCACUUUCUUCGAGUCGUGCGGCGUGGCUGACCUUAUUACCACUUGUUACGGUGGUAGGAACAGGAGAGUGGCGGAGGCCUUCGUGAAGACUGGCAGGUCCAUCAAGGAGCUCGAAGACGAGAUGCUGAACGGCCAGAAGCUUCAGGGACCUAUCACUGCUGAGGAAGUCAACCACAUGCUUGCCAACAAAAAUAUGGAGAACAAGUUCCCGCUGUUCACCGCCGUGUUCCGCAUCUGCCGAGGCGAGCUCAAGCCCAGCGACUUCAUCAACUGCAUCCGCAGCCAUCCAGAGCACAUGUAAGACACAACAAUUGCAUCCGCUUCCUUCUCUGUCUAGCUUCUAAACUAGAUAAUUAGAGCAUUACAAUGUACGUAGAAUAGAGCCGAUUAACUUAUUGUGUACAUAACAGAUAUGUCUAUGUAUGUUUAUUUUACAGGGUGCUAGUACUUAGAUAUGACAAAAUUAUUCAUAUAAGUAAAGCAUUACGAUGUUUUGUUUGGCUGCACUUUAAUGAAGGCAUUGUGUUUUUGAUUAACAAGCUUGCUUCGCCAAUUUGUGCCGCGUUGAGAGUGCAUGAUUAUUUGAAAGUGAUUUAUUUUACUAAUAAAUGCAUUGAAUUUUAAAAAGAUUUAUAUGGCAGCUAUAGUCGUAAAUAUAACAGCGUUUAUCGUAAGAACUUGACCGAUAAAGAAAUCUAUUAGUGUUCACGCGUUCAAUAUAAAGAUGUGUGGAGAAUCUAGUAGUUGAGUGCAGCCACGCAGCCCAUCAAUAUUGUACGUAACAAAUAAAGCAUGUUGUAAACAUAGCUGUAUAAAACUGACACCCGUUGUUACAAUAAUAUAACAUGUUGCUAAUAAUGAGUAAGCGUUAUUACUAUUAUCUUUUCUGAUGUAUUAUCUGUCAAAUAAGCUAACAAAUAUCGCCGGCACGGAUCUGUUAUCGUCGUUUAGGCUAGUAGCUACAGAAUAAAUGAACAUAUUCGAGUGGUUGUUGUUCAGAUAACGUUUAUUGAUGUUGUGGAGUUCGGUGUAGGCGCUAAGUACAAACAACUAUACUACGUAACGUUAGUUUAUGUACGAAGUAUUCUGUAAUAUAUCAUUAGACUUAUCUUUUCUAUUAACCUAUAUAUUUAUAUUGCACGUUAGCUCUAACCAUAGUUUAUUUGUAUCUAAAUAGUUAAUUACAUAUUUGUUGAAUAAAAUAUCGUACUUAGAAAUGCUAAUACUUUUCAUUAUCCUUUGAAACAUUGAGUGUCCCUGGUUUCUUGUUGUUUGUCUUCCUUUGUGUAUGAACUUGUUCCUGGCUGUUUUCGAUAAAACCAUGUAAAAGGGAUUACUAUACGCCUACUGCAAGAAUUGCUCAUUAAUCAUGAUUAUUGAAUUUUUCAGAUUUGCUCCCAAGAAUAUUAGUAUUUACUGAAUGCCAUUCUGAAAAUUUACUUUGUGCUAAUCCAGUUUGCUGCAUUUCUAUAUUUUAUAUGCAUUUUGUGUUUUUAUAAAAUCAUGAUUAUUGUUCGUAGCUUUUGCAUGUUUUACGAUGCUAAUAAAUUUCUUCUCGGAUUGGCUGUUUUUUAUGUUGCAGUUAGUUCAUAAAAUCAUAAAGUAGAAACUUUAGCAUUUUAAUAUUACAGCAAUAAUUAAACGCGGAAAACGGCGGGUGUAUUUGACUAGCUUACCUAACUAAAUUUGUCAUAGCCAUAAUGUAAAGAAAUAACAUGUUUUUUACACUAAUAUUCUAGGACUAGAAAACAGUCGGCGCCCAAAUGUUCUCUGUGACCAAGUGAGGCGUUUCUUCAGAGUGUAUCAUCAAGUUGAAACUGUUGCAUUUGUCGUCCGGCACGCCAGCAUUAUCACACACACACACACACACACAUACAAACAUUUUUCCAAUUAGCAAUGACGCUCUUACCUAAGAGCCUAUAUAGAUAGUGAUGUCGAAGAAGUUAUCUAAAUGAUAACUACGAACGGAAAAUAAAUUCUAAACCUGUAAUGCAUCUCACGAUAUUUUAUUCGUUUAUGGCCACUUUAAAAUUUAUUUUAUCGUAGCAAUUGCCUACUUGAGUAAUAAAUCUAAUUGGAAAAUGUUUGAAAAUCAUCAAUGCAUGAAAACCAUUGUUUUGUUAUGUGUAACUUUUGUAUGUUACACGUAUUUUUUGUUUCUAGUAGUCCGCUUGAAUGUUAUUGCAUUCCAUAAUAUCAAAAUUUCUGACAUAAUUUCGAUAGUUAAGCCUUUUCAAUCCAGGUGAGCGCUUUCAAACUAGCGGAUGGUCCUCGCGAAUUAUUGCCGCGCGGAAUGUUUCAGAUGUAGAAAAAACCGCUAGUGUGAAAGCACUUAGAAGGUGUCUCCAAAAAUAUUGAAGUUCUUAAUUACAUAAGUUUUUCAUUUGCAUGCGGACUGCUAUAAUAAUUGAGAGGUUGCGUCUUCAGCUGCAAGAAUAUUUCUGUAAGAAAUUAAUGACGAAUGCCUUGCUUUUUAUAUCGUAAAAAGAUCAUAUCUGCAUCUCUAACGUAAAAUUAACAUCUUCAAAUCUAGCUUUUAUCUAGUAAGUAAGACAAAUUCAUAAUUUCUCGCAGAAGAUUUUCUUGUAGUGUAAAGGCGGCCUGCGUUAACAAUUAACAGAGUUAAUAAAAAACUAUCAGAGACUGCUUUUAAUGUUAUCGAUAUCGCACUGAAAGUUUAAAAUCAAGUGUGUAUUCCAUUCGAGUGAUUUAAUCUACUGCAUAAAAAGUAGAUAAUACAGUGUAAUAAUAGCUUUUAUGGUUGGCUAUCUUGACACGGUAGUUGGUUUGUGUGAUUUUUAGUAGUAAACGGUAUGGAUCAAUAUAAUUUUAAGGUUUGGGCCCUAUUCUUAAGCAAAGGCAAGCCAUUAAUCAUCUAGUCUGUACUUUUCCAUAUGAACUUUUCUUUUUAUUUGUUUUCAACGAUAAUAUAGUGGUUAUUUGAGUUGUAGUUGUUACAUUUUGUACUUAUUAACUAAGCGAACCCAAGUGACGCAGGAUUUUUAUACAUAUCUUCAUGAACUUCAUAGCGCUAGUUUAGUUUUGGUUUGUUGGUUAUGUAUGAAACUAUCCGCCUCAUGAACAUGUCAUUUUAUCAAGGAAAAAUAUCGACUCAUUGGAUUUUUUCAGAAAAGCAGAAGCCUUUAAAUAACGACAAAGUAAGCCUUAUUAUAAUGGUGCAAACACAUAACUAGCCUUGGCAUACAUCGCCUUUAUUUUUUUCAGGAUACGGAUAGUUAGAAAAACUCAAAAAUCGCAUUGCUGUAUAUCUUAAAAAAUAUACAAAGGUAAGGUAGAAUAAGGCUUCUGUUUUUAUGAUAAGUAAUUACAUAGUUUAUUUUAGGUACAUGUACGUAACUUGUGUUAUAUCUGAAUACAAUGCAUUUUCAAAA